CCCGAAUGAACACACCUCAACAAGCACCAAGAGCAGCACAUCCAGCAACUAGUAGGAAUUCCGAGUGAUAACUUUUCCUUCACAGGACUGCGAAGAAAGCAGCAAUCAGACACUGGGAGAGUCUUUUACCUGCCGACACUGAGCUGCAGACAAUUUUUUGUUGGACCUUGGACUUUCACUCUUUCUCUUUUAGUAGUGAUUAUUAAUUCCAUUUUGAUUUUGGGACACUGUUGACAGAAGAAGAGUGCCUGAGUUGAUGCAUGCUCUCUGCUGACACUGACAUUUGUUGACUAUCGAGAGUUUCUAUAAGCGGCUGGUAAGCUCACGUUUCCUACGACUUUAAUGUCUACAAAGAUGGAACAGCCUUUUUAUCAUGACGACUCGUUUCUGUCGGCUUACGGCCAAUCAGAUGUGGCAAUGCACGACUACAAACUGCUAAAGCAGAAUAUGAAUUUGAACUUGACAGAGCCCUAUCGCAACCUGAAAUCCCAGCUGAGGGCGGAGAUAGACCCGUACCAAGUGGGGCACUACGACGUGGGGUCCCUGAAGCUCGCAUCCCCGGAGCUAGAGAGGCUCAUCAUCCAAAACAGUAACGGGGUGAUCACCACUCCCACCCCGGGCCAGUACUUUUACAACCGGGGCAUCACCGAUGAGCAGGAGGGCUUCGCCGAGGGGUUUGUGAAAGCCCUGGACGAGCUGCACAAGAUGAACCAGAUGCCCCCUCCAAACGUGUCGAUCGGAGCCGGUGGAGUUACGACGUGUUCGGCGGCGGCCUCUAGUGUCUUCGGCUCUUCCUUGCAGCCGGAACCUCCCAUCUACACAACACUGAACGCCUACUGCCCGAACACGAGCCUCUCUUCCGCAUCCAGCUACCCCACAGCCACCAUCAGCUACCUGCCGCCGCACCAGCACAGCCACCCGCAGACCUCCUCGCUCGGAAAUUUCCAGCACUCUCUCCCCGGCUCCGGGCUCCAUGUGCAGCGGCUCGUCGCUCUGAAAGAGGAACCUCAGAUUGUACCUGACCUACUGAGCAGCGACGGCUCGCCUCCGAUGUCGCCGAUUGACUUGGACACGCAAGAGAGGAUCAAGGCGGAGCGCAAGAGGCUGAGAAACCGGCUGGCGGCGACCAAAUGCCGCAGGCGCAAACUGGAGCGCAUCGCCCGGCUGGAGGAUAAGGUGAAAGGUCUGAAGAACGACAACGUGGGGCUCUCCAACACAGCGUCGGUGCUCCGGGACCAGGUCGCCCAGCUCAAACAGAAAGUCCUGACACAUGUGAGCAGCGGCUGUCAGCUGAUGCUUACAAGCAAGUUGGAGGCGUUUUAAAACAACAGAGACUACUAACUGACUGAAAAGUAAUAACACUGGACUUCUGCUUGUGCAGCACUGGGAUAUGAUGUGUUGUCCGCAUCGACAGCAGCACAGGGCCGAGGGCUACGUGUAGACAACUCUUUAUUUAGGGUGAAAAGACUGAUUGAAAUGGUACUUCCGGAUGCUGGACAUCGCUCUAAGCACCUUUCAGCCCUUGACACCGGGGCAGCAUCCAGACUGAGCAGACACUGAGCAACACAGCGGGAACUCAGGCCCAUGAGUCGGGUUUACUAAUGGUAGAAAAUGGGAAUGAUUAUUGUAAUUCUUUGUACUUUUUGCAACUGAUAUUGUCAUGCAAAUGUGUAAAUUAUUUUUGUUUGUCCGGUUGAUCCAGACAAACUAAUGAUGUCCAAUGUUUACACUGUCUUUUUUUUUGUGAUGUGUAUUUAAGUAAAGUGUCUUAAAAUGAAACUGAAAUGGU